UGGUCACUCUGUUUCUCCAAAGACUCUCUCUCUAGAAUUUGUCAGCAUCUAUAACACGAAAUUAAUGCAUUCAAAACCCGUUUCUCUUUAUACAAACUUUCCCAAUUCCAAUUCCCUUUGUUUUUUUUUUCAUCAUCUUGAAAAUCAUGUGAUCUAUCUUCCAAAGAGUACCAAACAAACAACCUCAAACUUUGUUUUAUAUACUAGGUAGUUCUAAAACAUCUUACAUAAGACAUACACAUAUAGUUACAUAAAUAAACCUUAGUGUUGGUGAAGAAAACAAAGAAGCUUAUAAUAUAGUUUUCUUCAUUGAUACAUACAAUAUUUUUGUGACACAACAAGUAAGGUUUUGAUACAAUGAAGAAUCAUUAUGCUGCUGCCGGUGCCGUCGACAACGUCGCCGGAGAAGGGAAUAAGGCAUGGAAUUCAAUUGGAACAGGAGGAAGUCAUGUUUUUGUUAGGAGGGUUAUGCAAAUGAUUAUGUUUCUUGUUGCUUUUGCUGUGUUGUGGAUGUUUCUUUAUAACAAUUCUGCUUCUCCUUUUGGUCUUCCUGCUACUAUCUCACAUUACUUCAAUGGUAUCUCUACACAAGAGUACUAUGAUCCAAAGCUAAAGAGUGUUCUUAAACAAGCAUCAAUGAAGGAUAAAACAGUGAUAAUCACAACAUUGAAUGAUGCAUGGGCUGAACCAGGUUCAAUAUUUGAUCAAUUUCUUGAGAGUUUUCAAAUUGGUGGGAACCAAACACAAAAGCUAUUGGAUCAUCUUGUGGUAAUAACAUGGGACCAAAAAGCAUACUCUCGUUGCAUUGCUUUGCACAAAUAUUGUUAUCAACUUCAAACUAAAGGGGACAAUUUCACCAAUGAAGCUUUUUUCAUGACUCCAACUUACUUACAUAUGAUGUGGAGAAGAAUUGAAUUUCUUGGUGCUGUUCUUCAUUUGGGAUAUAGCUUUGUGUUCACGGACACUGAUAUAAUGUGGCUAAGGGAUCCAUUCAAACAAUUUUACAAAGAUGCAGAUUUCCAAAUUGCUUGUGAUUAUUUCAAUGGAAACUCCUAUGACAUGCACAACUAUCCAAAUGGAGGAUUCACAUAUGUAAAAUCAAAUCGAAGAACAAUUUGGUUCUACAAAUUUUGGUUCAACUCUAGAGAAACAUAUCCAACUAUGCAUGAUCAAGAUGUUCUUAACAAGAUCAAAAUGCAUCCCUUAAUUACAAAUAAAAAGCUUAAGAUUAGGUUCUUAAGCACAAGCUAUUUUGGAGGGUUUUGUCAAUCUAGCAAGGAUUUUGGUAAAGCUUUAACAAUGCAUGCUAAUUGUUGUGUUGGCUUGGAGAACAAGGUUAAUGAUCUUAAGAUUUUGCUUGAGGAUUGGAAGAAGUAUAUGGCAUUGCCUGAAGAUAAGAGAAAAACUUCACACCCUUCUUGGAGUGUGCCAAAAACUUGCAGGGGUUCCUUUGAACGUAACAAAGAAAGGCUGAACAAAAACAAAGGGGGGUCGUAACAGUAAAUUAUCAUGAGGUUGGAGAAUAUAGGGCAGGGAGAAAAGAAUAUUCAAGUUCUUUUGUAUUGGAAAAGAUGUGUGAAAGUGGUAGACAAUUUUAAAAUAUAAUAGGGCAGGGAGAAAAAUAUUCAACUUCUCUGAAUUCUGGUUACAAAUUUACAAUUGUGAAUUAAAGUGGUUUUUUUUUAAUUAGUUUGGAUUUUCAUUAAAGUUAUUUUCUUUUCAUUUCUCAUGUAUUUAUUUCAUUUUUUUAUUUUACAUUAUAUUUCGAUUUUUUUUCUCAAACUGUAAAUUUGUAGGAUGAUAGUUGAAUAGUUUUCUUGAUUUUUAUUCCCCAUA